GGGAUGGUUGUCGCUGAUUGUCGAUGCGGAGGAUGGAGACAGCGCUCGAAGCCUGGUGUCCUCUAGUGCUCGCAGGGAUUGGGAACUUGCGCAUUCUGUGCGUUAUGACGCCAUAGCAGACACAACACUUGAGCGAUCUGAAGUACACGAACGGAUCUGAACCUCUGAAGAGAUGAGGGUCCCGUGUCUGCUUCUGUUCUCAUGGACAUUAGUGUCCCUUCUGCCGGUCCCCUGCUCCGGAUCAGUGCUGCUCCGCGUCCCGCUGCGGCAGGGGCCCCUCUCACAGACGGCGGGCCCCCGGGGCCCCUCCAGCUCCGCACGCGCACACACACGCGCACGCAGAGCACUCAGGGCGGGGACAUUUGUCAACAUGAUCGACAACCUUCGAGGAAAGUCAGGACAAGGCUACUACAUCGAGAUGGCUGUGGGCACUCCGCCUCAGAAGCUGAAUAUCCUGGUGGAUACGGGCAGCAGUAACUUCGCAGUCGGCGCCACCGCUCACCCGUUCCUCCACAGAUAUUACCAUCGCUCUCUCUCGUCGUCGUACAGAGAUCUGGGUCUUGGUGUGUAUGUGCCGUACACACAGGGCCGCUGGGAGGGCGAGCUGGGCACAGACCUGCUUUCCAUUCCUCACGGGCCCAACAUGUCUCUGAGGGCCAACAUCGCUGCAAUCACCCAGUCUGACCGCUUCUUCAUCAACGGAUCCAACUGGGAGGGCAUCCUCGGACUGGCCUACGCCGAGAUCGCCAGGCCGGACGAGACUCUGGAGCCGUUCUUCGACUCUCUGUUGAGGCAGACCAGCGUCCCAGACGUCUUCUCCUUGCAGCUCUGUGGAGCGGGGUUCACCCAGAACUACAGCGCGGGCAGCUCCACUGUAGGGGGCAGUAUGAUAAUUGGGGGAAUCGAUCCGUCCCUGUACGUGGGCGAGCUGUGGUACACACCAAUCAGACGAGAGUGGUAUUAUGAGGUCAUCAUCGUGCGCAUCGAGGUCAACGGACAGGACCUUAACAUGGACUGCAAAGAAUAUAACUAUGAUAAAAGUAUCGUGGACAGUGGCACCACAAACCUGCGUCUCCCUCGUAAAGUGUUCCAGGCGGCUGUGAAGGCCAUCGAAGCAGCUUCAUCGACUGAACAGUUUCCCUCAGGUUUCUGGCUGGGCGAGCAGCUGGUGUGUUGGCAGGUGGGCACCACACCGUGGCACAUCUUCCCUGUCAUCUCUCUCUACCUGAUGAGUGAAAACAGAAACCAGUCUUUCCGCAUUUCCAUCCUGCCACAGCAGUAUCUGAGGCCGGUGGAGGACAUAGCCUCGGCUCAGGAGGACUGUUAUAAAUUUGCUGUGUCUCAGUCCAGUACUGGUACAGUAAUGGGUGCCGUCAUCAUGGAGGGCUUCUAUGUGGUGUUUGACCGAGAACACAAACGCAUUGGCUUUGCAGUCAGCACGUGUCACGUCCACGAUGAGUUCCGCACCGCCGCAGUGGAGGGGCCCUUCCAUGGCCUGGACCUCGAGGACUGUGGCUACAAUGUCCCUCAGACUGACGAGUCCACAUUAAUGACCAUCGCCUACAUUAUGGCGGGCAUCUGUGCCCUAUUUAUGCUGCCUCUGUGCCUCAUGGUCUGUCAGUGGCGCUUUACACGCUGCCUUCAUCCGCUGGGCGCUGGAGAUUUCUCUGAUGACAUAUCCCUCCUGAAGUGAGCCAUAUCUAAACGCAGAAUGAUUUCAGUGCUUGUAAAGCCGGCCGUACUCGAGGGUCUCAAAGAACGGCAAUUGAUGAUAUUGAUGAGACUACAGUGAUUAUAACUAUAUAUAAUUGUGCAAAUGCACAUACACACACACACACACACACACACACACACGCACACACACCCUAAUGGGCUGAGGAUUUUGUGCCCUAUGAACCCUUUUGAGUAAAAUGUGAAUGAUCUUUCAUCUUACAGACUUUUAAGUGUGGAUAGCUGGCAUGGGACUGUUCAAGUUAAGUUCUGUAAAGAUCUGUCAACUAUGUGAGCGAGUGUGUUUGUGUUUAAAAGUUAGAGAGUUUGUUCACUA